UCUCUCUCACACUCUCAAACUUCUCUCUCUCUCUCUCUCAUCAAAACCCAAUUUUAUAAAAUUUUAGUUUAAAUUUUUUUGACUCUUCUCUCUAUCUUUCAAAACAAAAAACGAUGUCGUUGAGGCCGAGUGCUCGAACGGAGGUGCGGCGGAACAGGUACAAGGUGGCGGUGGACGCGGAGGAGGGGCGGCGGAGGAGGGAAGACAACAUGGUGGAGAUCCGCAAGUCGCGAAGAGAAGAGAGUCUUUUGAAGAAGCGUCGCGAAGGUCUCCAACAGCUCUCCUCCGGCGCGGCGCAAAACCAGCUGCAACAGCCGCCGCUCGGCUCUUCCUUUCAAUCCUCCGCCGCUGGUCUCGAAAAGAAAUUAGAACAUCUACCAUCCAUGGUUGCGGGAGUGUGGAGUGAUGAUAGUAAUCUGCAGCUUGAGGCAACUACUCAGUUCAGGAAAUUGCUUUCAAUUGAGCGUAGCCCUCCAAUUGAGGAAGUGAUACAGUCGGGCGUUGUUCCUCGCUUUGUUGAGUUUCUCAUGAGGGAGGACUACCCACAGCUUCAGUUUGAGGCAGCCUGGGCUCUCACUAACAUUGCUUCUGGGACAUCUGAGAACACUAAAGUGGUAAUUGAUCAUGGGGCUGUCCCAAUAUUUGUCAAACUUCUUGGUUCUCCUAGUGAUGAUGUUCGUGAGCAGGCUGUGUGGGCAUUGGGAAAUGUUGCUGGUGAUUCCCCUAGAUGUCGUGACCUUGUCCUAGGCAAUGGGGCUUUGCUUCCAUUGCUGGCACAGUUGAAUGAGCAUGCCAAGCUUUCUAUGCUGAGAAAUGCUACCUGGACACUGUCAAAUUUUUGCCGAGGCAAGCCACAGCCUCCUUUUGAUCAGGUUAAGCCUGCACUCCCAGCUCUUGCACGCCUUAUUCAUUCAAAUGAUGAAGAAGUCUUAACUGAUGCUUGCUGGGCACUCUCGUAUCUUUCUGAUGGUACAAAUGACAAAAUUCAAGCUGUUAUUGAAGCGGGUGUUUGUCCUCGGCUUGUUGAGCUAUUAUUCCACCCAUCUCCUUCUGUGCUCAUUCCUGCUCUUCGUACAGUUGGAAAUAUUGUUACUGGAGAUGAUAUGCAGACUCAGGUUAUCAUCAACCACAAUGCUCUUCCUUGCCUAUUAAACCUAUUGAACAAUAAUUAUAAAAAGAGCAUUAAGAAGGAAGCUUGUUGGACCAUUUCAAAUAUCACUGCUGGCAAUAAGGAGCAGAUUCAGGCUGUUAUUGCGGCUGAUAUAAUUGCCCCCCUUGUUAAUUUGCUUCAAAAUGCUGAGUUUGAUAUUAGGAAAGAGGCUGCAUGGGCAAUCUCAAAUGCCACAUCUGGUGGUUCUCCUGAACAAAUCAAGUACCUGGUAAAUCAAGGGUGUAUCAAGCCCUUGUGUGAUCUUCUCAUCUGCCCCGAUCCAAGGAUUGUCACAGUUUGUUUGGAAGGGCUUGAAAACAUAUUGAAGGUAGGGGAAGCUGAUAAGAACUCGGGCAGUUCUGGAGAUGUAAAUCUCUAUGCUCAAAUGAUUGAUGAUGCGGAGGGGCUAGAGAAAAUUGAGAAUCUCCAGAGUCAUGACAAUACUGAGAUUUAUGAGAAGGCUGUGAAGAUUCUUGAGACAUAUUGGUUGGAGGAAGAUGAUGAGACAAUGCCAGGUGAUGCUGCCCAGUCUACGUUCAACUUUGGAGGGAGCGAAGUUCCUUCUGUUCCUUCAGGUGGAUUCAAAUUCGACUGAAGUAUUUGGUGGCGAGAGAUUAGUUGGGGUCAGGUCAGGUGUCUUGUCGUGUUUGGGUCCUCUUUGGUCCAGUCUGGUGCAUGAUUUAUGGGGGUGCUGGACUGGCACAAGUGUCGGUAAUGGCUGGAUUAAGAUGUUGAGGGAUACUUGGAUUGGUUAUAUGACAGAACUAGAAAUUGUUGCUGCAACAAAGUUGAGGAGCCAGAGUUCUCUUUUUGGGGAAUGGUUAUUCCAGGUGAUUGGGCUCUCCCAUGAAGUCGAUGUCGAGUCUCAUAAGUUGUUUCAUUUGUUCUAUUUGCCAUAGAACAGAGUCGGAGUCUGUCAGUUGCGGGGUGAUUUUUGUACUACCAAAUUCACUCUAUAGACACUUGUAGUUAUGAGGGAUACUGGAUUUUUAUGUUCAUUGUAUGUUGUGAUGAUUUUUCCCCCCCUUUGAGUCGAAAAUGUAUUUGCCUAGGGUAUACCGUUUACUGGUUUGAUAUGAAAAGUUGUCUAAAACUCAUUGAAGGAAAAGAGUCUCUUAAUAUUAUUGAUAUCAGAGUUCUAGUCUGCCUCCUUUUUUCGUUUGUAUUGCACUUGACUUUGCUAUAAAGGCUAUAUGUUAAUAAAUUUUGUAUGAACUGUGAUUUUUUC